CUUGUCAGUGACGCGCUGUCAAAAGAAGGCGUGUGUAUGUGUGCGCGAGUGUGUGCUGUGUGAAACAAAAAAAAGCAGAUCAAACGAAAAUACAAAAGUAGAAGGAAACGCAGCGCUGCCAAUUAAACAUAUAUUUAUUUAGUAACAUCAAAAUAAAACACUACAAAAGAUAGUUGAAUUGGUGAUCUACGCGUGUGUGUGUGCAAGCGCAUUGCAUUUGUGUGUGUGUGUGUGUGUAUGUGUGUUCGGUACACACAAAUACAAAGAUCCAGUGAUAUAAGCAAAGUACAAAAUAAGAAGAAAGAAAAGGAAAGCAGCUCGAUUAACAUUCACGACUUGAAAAUCAUCCGCUGGCACCGCGAGACAAAGGAUUGUUAAGAAAACGCAAAUACAGUCACGACUCGACGAUGUCAACCGGAAGGCCCAUAAAAUGUGUCGUCGUUGGUGACGGUACCGUCGGAAAGACAUGCAUGCUAAUCUCCUACACAACAGACAGUUUUCCCGGUGAAUAUGUGCCUACAGUUUUCGAUAAUUAUUCGGCGCCCAUGCAAGUGGACACAAUACAAGUGUCGCUGGGGUUGUGGGAUACGGCCGGACAGGAGGAUUAUGAUCGCUUGAGGCCGCUCUCCUACCCACAGACAGAUGUCUUCCUGAUAUGCUACAGCGUUGCGAGUCCCUCGUCAUUCGAAAAUGUCACCUCCAAAUGGUAUCCGGAGAUCAAACAUCAUUGCCCCGACGCGCCCAUAAUACUAGUUGGCACCAAAAUCGAUUUGCGUGACGAUCGAGAGACAUUGAGCGGCCUGGCCGAACAGGGCUUGACGCCGCUUAAGCGCGAGCAAGGUCAGAAGCUGGCGAACAAAAUACGCGCUGUGAAAUACAUGGAGUGCUCCGCCUUGACGCAGCGCGGCCUUAAGCAAGUGUUCGAGGAAGCGGUCCGAGCGGUGCUGAGGCCGGAGCCAUUAAAGCGACGCCAGCGAAAGUGUUUAGUUAUGUAAAUAAGCUGCGUCAACCGGCAACAGAGAAUAUUACUCAGAAGCAGUAGUAAAGAAAACAGAAACAAAGAGAGAGACACACAAACACACACAACAUACAAACAAACCAACAAACAUAUAAACCAAUGGAGCGCCCUCAUCUCUACCUAAGCGUGAACAAAUCAACAACGUGGAAAACAUGGAUUCAUUGAGCAUUAUCAUUUAUUUUUAUUGUCUUAGUUUAAAUAGGAUUUGCAUAAUUCAUAAUUUGAGAAACCGCAUGGCACAAAACUAUGACUCCCUCCCAUUAGAACUAAAAAGUAAUUAACAAAAAGCAGCAACCGGAGAUAAUCCAUAAUUCGAAAGCAGCUAAACAUAUUGAAAUCUAGUCAAUUGAAUCGAAUGUAUUGCACUAAUUUUAAUCAACAACAGACAGCCGCAACAAAUUAUUAAAGAAAACGCUGGCAAAAAAUAUAAACAAAAUGGAAAACGAAUCGGAACAGUUGGUUUCGCAUAUCAGUGCUAAAGUAAAUCAAUAUUUAAGCAAUUCCUAAUAUUUUUUAUUAAAUGUAUUAUAAUUAUGUAGCCAAGGCGUUUCCUAAUUUCAACAAUAACCAAAAACACUGGACGAUGAGCUCUUAGAGAAAAACAAAAACCUAAUUAAUGCAAAGAACACAUUUAUACGAAACUUUAGCAUAACCUUUUUUUCAAACUAUUUGUAAUAAUCGCAAUUAAUUAACUGACGCUCGUUUGAAAUUGUCUUUUCAAAUUGUAACAACUGUUGUUUAUUAUUUUUAUAUUAACUUAUUUAUUGUCCUAACUUUAAUAAUGCAAAUGUAUAAACAACUUUUACGGCUUAAGUAUAGCGAAAAGUGUAUAUGGAAAUGGAAAAGGAUAUGGAAAUGGCAAACUGCAUUUAAAUGUGACUUGACUCGAAUCAAAAAAAAAAAAAAAAAAAAAAAUUACAACUAAACAUAAACAAACCACAAAAAAUGCACACAAUUUUGUAAACACUUCGAAUAGCAAACCCAACAAAAAACAAAACAAUUUUUUAUAUCGAUUAUAUAAAGUGGAACAAAUCUAACGAAAACUCUCAUGUAAAUGUCAAAUGUAAACGAAUAUGGGCUCGCGAUCCUUGAUCCUUUCGGGAUUGAGCAGCAGCAGCCGAAACAGAUUACUUAUGAAAAAUCAAGAAAUAUAUAUACAUACAUGCUGUAAUUAAUAAAAUCAAAAAAACUGUUCGAU